AAUACUCCAUCUGGCUUAGGCACCUUCCCAUCUGAGUGACAUGAGGUAUAUAAUGGGAGGAGGAGCUGUUGAAAGUCUCAUUCGCGGAAGAAGUUUGACACGUACACACCUCGGUGACUCAGCACAAAGAACCAGGAGAGACUAUAAGAUCCUAAUUCAGCUGAAAACCACGUGAUAAGAAUGGAACCUAAAUCGGAACCAAUGGACAAAAGUUUUGAGGAAGAGAAACCACAUCCAACCCAUUCUUUCAAGUGGACAUUUAAAGGGAAGAAACCCACAUUAUUCUCCUGCAACAGAGCUGGAACUGUGGAGGACUCACUGAAAAGGAAUCCACAAUUUGAGGGAAUAGCUAAAAAGAACCAAGGCAAAGAGCUUGUUCUUCUCAGGAAUGGGAAGGCUAUUUGUUCACACUUUCCAUGCAGCUUAAUUAAAGAUGAGUGUUUAACUGUCAAGUUUAUCAAAGCUGUAAACACGCCAGGGAAAAAAGCUGAUGGCUCUGCUCAUGUCAGACGAAAGGGCUCAUCUGAUGAAAUUGUGUUGUUUCAUGUACGGGUGAUGGGGGGGGAGGGUGUAAGGUACAUCUUGAAGAACCCAGACUUAAAAAACGAGGUUCACGAAAUGACCCUUUUCGCGUAUAAAGGGGAAACGGUAGAGCAAGCUCUGAGACGAGAUUCUCGAUUUCUGGAUAUUGUAUUCGAAAAGAAAUGCAUGCUCUCUACUGAUGACUUUGUCGUGGACAUGUCCAAUCUGGUGGAUGACCUAGGUGGCAAAAUUUACACAAUCACAGAGGACGCUGAAGAAAAGCAGGAUCCUUCAGAGCAGUCAGUGAAUGACAAUACCGACACAAGUGGUCACACGGCAGCAGAACCAACCUCAGUGCACAGCUCAGAAACAGUGAGGACUUACCUCUCUUCACAGUUUGAGAAUUUUAUAAAUGGGGAGAAAACUGUUCCGUUUGGGGAUAAUACCCUUCCUAUAACGGAAAUCUUGCAUGUGGAGUAUGAAAAAAAUGCUCAGACAUGCAGAGAAUGGAAAUUAAAGAAGGAACUGAUGGGUUUCAGUAAUUCGGUUUGUCAGGUUAUAAUAAACGGGAGGGCACUAGGCAGUGGCUUUCUCCUAUUUGAACGGUCUGUCCUCACAAAUGCCCAUGUGGUCAAAGACGUUUAUAAUGACAGUGAAAAGGAGCUUAAUACCAAGGUCAUUGUCCAUUUCUCUUAUGAGAGUCAAUAUCAGAUGGAGAGUGGACAGGAUUCAGUUGACGUAGAAGUAGAGGAGGUCGCUUUCUUUGAAUACUGUCCUGAGAAGAUGUAUGACUGGGCUUUGUUAAAGCUCAGGGCUGGUGUGAACUUGCCUCCUGCUCUGAACAAUACUUUUUCAGAGGCUAACCAAAGCACUGGUGUUUGCAUCAUCGGGCACACUGAUGGUGGAGUGAAAAAAAUAGAUCCAUGCUUGAGUAUUGCACCUGAAAACCAGAACCAGGAUGUGAAGAAGAGCAGCCUCAUUUAUCACGACAAAACUAAAUUGAUUACUCCGCGUUACUUUGAAAGUGUGGCAGAAUCUGUUGAGCCUCACAAAACUUGUUUUAAUGAAGGGUUGUCUGGCGCUCCUGUCUUUGAUAAGGACUUCAACAUUAUAGCAAUGCAUUCAGGCGAGUUUACGUACAGAGAGAACAAAACAGAGACAAGAAAGAGUGUGAUAGAGUAUGGCUAUCCUUUGUUUGACAUCUUUGACCACAUAGACUUUCGGGAGCAGCAAUAUAUCAUUUGGUCAGAGCUGCAUGAAGACGAUGAGUACUGUUAAGAAACUGGUUGAGAGUAGAAACCUCAAAGCAUUCAAAGCUGUUGUACGCAGACCAGUGGAUGAUGACAAUUAAAGGGAGUUUUUUUAAUUCUUCUGUCAAAAUGAGGAACCUGUCCCAAAGGACACUUAAUAAAUGUACACAGACAAGUACAGUGCGACCUGCUGACAAAAGACAGUCAGUGACCAGUGAGCGAAUCUGUUUUCAUAGAUCAGGACUCUCGUAAGGAAAGGCAGGGAGUUUUAGAGGGAUCAAACUGAUGCUGGUUUAUAAUAAUAAAGUAACAUUAAUCACUUUUUGGAUAAAGGGAGCAGUGAUUUUUACCCUGAUUGCAAAUACUUGUUUUUGUUGAGGCUGUGUUUUGUUCUUGUGAAAAACAAACAUGUUUUUUUUAAACUCAACUAUCAUUAUAUGAGCUACAAAUCUCCAUCGUCAUGUUUUUUAACUUUGUGUCUUUUAGAUUUCUGAUUUAACCAUUUGUUUUUAAAUGUGAAGCAUUUUGUGUUUAUUUGCUGUAUUUUGUCGUUCUAUAUGAAAUGAGUCGGUUUCUGUUGUGGAAAGGUCCUUGACCAGAUAAUUGGAAGGAUCGUACCUGGUCCAAACUGGGGGAUUCUUUUACUUAAUUACUCUGUAAGAAAAUGACAAUGAUGUACGGGUGGGGCUUCAAUUAUUUUAUUUUUCUUGUAUGAGUUUUGGUCGUCAUUUAAAGGGGACUUAUUAUGAAAAUUCCACUUUUUUGGGCUUUUACACGUUAAUUUGGGUAUCUGGCAUGUCUACCGUCCCAAAAACUCUGGAAAAAAACAACUCCCACGAUUUGUUGUGGUUCCCCUAUUUCAGAAACGAGUGCGUCGAAUGGGAUUACGACCGAAAUAAACAUCAUAGUCCCACCAUGACCAUGUAGGGUUCUCGCUACAUGGCCUUGGACGAGCGAGCUAACGAUAGCCGGGCUAACGUUAGCGUUAGCUCGCUGCUGCUACCCGUCAGACAUUUAAGUGGCCGCAUAAAUAAGGGACCCCAGGGACACCGCUAAACGUUGACUCAACACUGUGGAAGGUGCCACUGCUGUGCCAGCUCAGGCUCCCACUGCUCCCACUGUGGGGCUGCGCUGGGGAGCUGGGGCUCUCGCAGCCAGGGUCACC